CAUCUUAUGCUCUGGUUUAAAGCUGUCAGAAGAUAGAGAGGACACUAUGACCUUAUCUUGUGGUGGUUGUGCCUCCUGGCCUUCACAUCUCUCCCUAAGCAGGUGAGCACCCCUCACAAGAUAGGUGUUGUGGGCCCUUGGGCUCGUGAUCAUUUGUUCUCAAAGGCCCUGCCUGAAGUUGCUGCUCAAUUCGCCACUGAACAGAUCAACAGAGACCCAUCAUUUGACCCGGGUUAUUCUUUUGAAUAUGUGAUUUUCAAUGAAGACUGCCAGACUUCCAGGGCCCUUUCCAGUUUCAUUUCUCACCACCAGGUGGCUUCAGGAUUCAUUGGACCUGUCAACCCCAGCUACUGUGAGGCAGCCGUGCUGCUUGAAAACAUCUGGGACAAAGGGAUUUUCUUUUGGGCUUGUGUAAAUUAUGAAUUAUAUGAAAAAAAUAAACUACCUGACCUUUUCUCAGACACUCCCUUCUUCCAUUUGGUGCUGGUAACUGUCAUGGAAUAUUUCCAGUGGGCUCAGACUGGAGUAAUUUCUUCAGAUGAAGACAUUUGGGUGCACACAGCCAACCAAAUUGCAAAUGCUCUUCGGAGCCAUUGCCUACCUGUAGGGGUCAUCCUGAACACGGGACAAGACAGUCAAAGCAUUCAGGAAGCUCUCCAGUAAAUUUGCCUGGUGGACAGAAUUCGCAUAAUCAUCAUGUGUAUGCAUUAGGCCUUGAUUGUGAGAGGGACUGAGACAUAUUCCUUGGAAUGGGCUCAUGAUCUUAAAAUGACUGAUGGAACUUAUGUCUUUGUUCCCUAUGAUGCCCUGCUCUACAAUUUACCUUAUAAGCAUACCGCCUACCAGGUCCCAAGGAGUAAUCCAAAACUCUGGGAAGCCUAUGAUGCUGUGUUGACCAUUACAGUGCAGUCCCAAAAGAAGACCUUCUUUCAAGCCUAUAAAGAGGCAGCAACUAGAGGUUAAAUUCUUGAGAAACUGGAGUCAGAUCAGGUUUCACCGUUGUUUGGAACCAUCUACAAUUCAAUUUACCUUAUCACACAAGCCAUGAAUAAUGCUGUGAAAGAAAAUGGACGGGCUAGUGCUGCCAGCCUGGUUCAGCAUUCCAGAAACAUGCAGUUCUGUUCAUUCAACCAGUUGAUAAAGACAGAUUCAAAUUGAAAUGGAAUUUCAGAAUAUGUAAUCCUGGACACCAACUGGAAAGAAUGGGAACUCCAUGGAACUUACACUGUGGGCGUGGAAACAGAACUGCUACAAUUCAUAGGGACUCCCAUUCACUUCCCUCGUGGCAGGCCUCCUAGAGCAGAUGCAAAAUGUUGGUUUGCAGAAGGGAAGAUCUACCGGGGAGGCAUGGGCCCUGCCUUUGCUGUGAUGGUCUGCCUUGCUUUGCUUAUAACCCUGCUAUCUAUUAAUGGAUUUGCUUACUUUAUAAGGUGUCAUAUAAAUAAAAUCCAGUUGAUUAAAGGACCCAAUAGAACUCUACUGACUUUGGAGGAUGUGACAAACAAUCCACAUUUUGGCAGUAAGGUAAGGAGCUUCUCUUUCUCUUGCUAUAACAUCAGAAGGGAAGUCCAAAGUGGGAGGUCCCCAAGGCUCUCCUUUUCUUCAGGGAAUCUAACUCCAGCUACCUAUGAAAACUCCAACAUAGCGAUUUAUGAGGGUGAUUGGGUGUGGCUGAAAAAGUUCCCCUCUGGAGAUGUUAAGUCCAUCAAAUCAAGUGCAAUGGUUCAGAGCCCCAUAGUUUUGGUUACUUGGUCCAUAAAAGCUGCUACAAUGAAACCUGAGAAAAAGUUGCCCACUUUGCUAUGUAUAAAGGACCUACAUCAUGAAUAUAUUAACCCUUUGUUGGGCUUCUUCUAUGAUUCGGGGAAGUUUGCCAUUAUGACAGAAAUCUGUUUCCGAAGGAGUCUAGAAGACAUACUGAUGAAUGAAGAUGUGAAACUAGACUGGAUGUUUAAAUCAUGACUCCUGCUGGAUCUCAUUAAAGGUAAAUCCUGUUUGUAUCAUCUUUAGGGCAUGAAGUACUUACACUGUGGAAAGUUUGUUCAUGGGAAGCUGAAAUCUCGGAACUAUGUGGUAGAUGGGUGUUUUGUACUAAAAGUAACAUAUUAUGGCUUUAAUGACAUCUUGGACAUGCUAACACUCUCCCAACAGAAACCUUCUGCUGAAGAAUUGUUGUGGACAGCCCCUGAACUGCUGAGAGCCCCCAAGGAAAGCAGGUUAGGUUCUUUUGCAGUAGAUGUCUAUAGCUUUGCCAUCAUCAUGCAUGAAGUGACGGUCCAGGGAACCCCAUUGUGCAUGAUGGACCUGCCUGCUCAAGACAUACUUAAGCUUCCUCCUGUGCACAGACCAGUAGCUCCUCCUGAGCAUGCCCCUCCAGAAUGUCUCCAGCUGAUGAAGAAGUCCUGGGCUGAGUCUUCAGAACACCAACCAACUUUUCAUUAAAUAUUUAAUCAGUUUAAAACUUUCAAUAAAGGUAAAAAGACUAAUACCAUUGAUUCUAUACUUUGGAUGUUGGAACAAUAUUCUAGCAACUUGGAAGAUCUGAUCCAGGAAUGGACUGAAGAGCUGGAAAUUGAAAAACAGAAAACAGAAAAGCUUCUAACACAGAUGCUACCACCAUAUGUAUCAGUUGCUGAAUCCCUCAAAAAGGGCUGCACAGUUGAACCUGAGGGUUUUGACUUGAUCACCUUGUACUUCAGUGACAUUGUGUGCUUCACCACCAUCUCAGCCAUGAGUGAUCCCAUUGAGGUGGUGGAUCUUCUCAAUGACCUGUACAUACUCUUUGAUGCCAUCAUUAGCAGUCAUGAUGUCUACAAAGUAGAGACCAUUGAUGAUGCAUACAUGGUGGUAUCAGGCCUCCCAAAGAAGAAUAGCAGUAGGCAUGCAGCUGAGAUUGCAAGCAUGUCCCUAGGUAUCCUGAGCUCCGUGAGUAUCUUCAAGAUGCGGCACAUGCCAGAAGUGCCAAUCUAGAUUCAAAGAGGCCUGCAUUCAAGGCCAGUUGUUGCUGGAGUGAUAGGCCUCACCAUGCCCAGAAACUGCUUAUUCGGAGAUACUGUGAACACAGCUUCUCGGAUGGAAUCACCAGGGUUAUUUUAUCACAUUCAUGUCAGUCAUAGCACCAAGACAAUUCUUCAAGCUCCGAGUGAGGGCUAUGAAGUGGAACUUUGAGGAAGAUAUAAUCUCAAGGCCAAGGGGACAGAAGAGACCUUCUGGCUGGUUGGAAAAAAAAAAGGUUUCAGAAAGCCCCUUUUUGUGCCCCCACCAGUGGGCAAAGUGGGUAAUCAAGUGGGACAUGGCCUGAAACUGGUAGUGAUUGCAGCCCUCCAAAGAAGAAAAGCAGAAAGGAAGCUGGUAAAAAACAAGCCAUAA